ACUGUUGUUAAAAGCAAACGGAGAGGACGCUGAAAUCUGCAGUGCUUUUUGAAUGGAAAACAGAUUCAGUAUCUGUUGAUCAAUCAGCCCGAGAGGAGGAAGAGGAGGAGGAGAGGAAGAGCUGCAGAAGAGAAGGAGAGACAGAGGAGAAGAGCAGCAGGACUGGGAGAAAAAAUCGGGACAGUAUAAAAUGCUGCAGAUUUAACUGAAAGAUGUCAAACGUUACCAUGGAAGCGACCAACAUCCUCGCCAUCCUCAAGAAGAAACUGGCCUUUCUGUCCGGGGGCAAAGACCGGCGCAGUGGUCUGAUCCUGACCAUCCCCCUCGGUUCAGAUCAGACCAGCAUGGAGGAGCUCAGCGCCACACUGGACUACCUCCUCAGCAUCCCCAGUGAGAAGUGUAAGGCUCGAGGUUUCACCGUCAUCGUGGAUGGACGGAAGUCUCAGUGGAACAUUGUGAAGACUGUCGUGCUCAUGUUGCAGAAUGUGAUCCCAGCCGAGGUGUCGCUGGUCUGCGUGGUGAAGCCAGAUGAAUUCUGGGAUAAGAAGGUCACACACUUCUGCUUCUGGAAGGAGAAAGACCGCCUGGGCUUUGAGGUGAUCCUGGUGUCGGCCAAUAAGCUGACGCGUUACAUUGAACCCUGUCAGCUGACUGACGACUUUGGAGGAAGUCUGGACUACGACCACAACGACUGGCUCAACAAGAGACUGGUUUUUGAGAAGUUUACCAAGGAGUCGACAUCACUGCUGGACGAGCUGUCCAUCAUCAACGACAGUGACAAGAGCAGCACGGUGGACAAGGAAAAAUCAGCUGACUGUGCCCUCUUGCCCUCCUUUGACCCUGAGACUGUCCUUCAGACCGGUCAUGAGCUGCUGUCGGAGCUGCAGCAGCGUCGCUUCAACGGCUCAGAGGGAGGAGUAGGAGGACAGGGAGGUCCAGCCUGGUGUCCAAUGGAGGAGGAGCUGUUGGCUCAGCCUCAGGUGAUGAAGCUGCUGGACUCUCUCAGGGAGCAGUACACCAGAUACCAGGAGCUCUGCAGGCAGCGAAACAAACGCACCCAGCUAGACGAGAUCCACACCAAGGUCAUGCAGGUGGUCACGUGGCUGCAGGGUCCGGGUUCAGAGCUGUUGAAGACUCAUCAGGCGAUCGGAGACUCGAUGCGAGCGGCUCAGGCCCUGCAGCAGAAACACGAGGAGAUCGAGAGCCAGCACAGUGAGUGGUUUGCGGUGUACGUGGAGUUGAACCAACAGAUUGCUGCCUUGCUCAGUGCCGGGGAGGAGGAGGAAGUGGCGGAGCUGAAGUCUCUGCAGCAGCAGCUCAGCGACGUCUGCUACCGACAGGCGGCUCAGCUGGAGAACCGACAGAACGUCCUGCAGGCGGCGCAGGGCUUCCACAGCACCACACAGGAGCUGUCCCAGCAGCUAGACGGUCUACUGGGCAUGCUCUGUGCUGACGUGGCUCCAGCUGACGGAGCUUCGAUUCAACAAAACCUCAAACUUCUGGAGGAGAAGCUGCAGACUGUCGAGGCGGGUCUUUCUUCUCUGCGUCAGAAGGGGUCGUUGUUGCUGGAGCAGAUGUGCAGCCAGCCGUCGUGGACUCUGGAGGAAACCGAGAGUCCAGCUGGAGAACAGCAGGACAACGUUCAGCACAUCCAGGCCGUGAUGGACGAGAUGCAGCUCCGCAAGCAGAGAUGUGAGGACAUGGUGGACGUGAGGAGGCUGAAGAUGCUACAGAUGGUCCAGCUGUUCAAGUGUGAAGAAGAUGCUUUACAGGCAGUAGAGUGGCUUGGCGAGCUGCUGGACGCUCUGUUGAAGACUCAUGUGAGACUGGGCGACGAGUCUCAAGAGACCAGGACCAUGUUGGACAAACACAGGAAGUUUGUGGACGUGGCUCAGAGCACCUACGAUUACGGCCGUCAGCUGCUGCAGGCGACCGUCGUCCUCUGUCAGUCCCUUCGCUGUACGACGCGCUCGUCCGGAGACACUCUGCCGAGGCUCAACCGAGUCUGGAAACAGUUCAGCGUCAGCGCCGAAGAGAGGCAACAGAGACUGGAGCUGGCCCUGACAUUCCACACCGCCGCCGAGAGGGUGUUACAGCAGGAAUGUGUGGAGGCGGAGUCUCUGGAUGAAGUCGACUCUUCUGGGAAAACCCUGUUGGACAGACUGACAAUGCCUGUCAUCUUCCCCGAUGGGAGCGAGCAGUACUUCGGGAGUCCCAGCGACACAGCAGCGGCAGCAGAGGGCGUCAGAGAGCGCCUCCUGCUGGUGGAGGAGCGGCGGCUGCAGCUGCAGGAGGCGAGGCUUCAUAAUGACGACAAUGUGGAGGGGGAGGUGCGAAACGGGCAGGAGGCGCGGCUAGACGUGAUCGGAGAGGAGCUCAGCGAGAGAGAAGAGCAAGAAGAGGAGGAGGAGGAGGAGGAGCAGGAGGAGGUGGGGCAGAAAGAUGAAGAGUUGGAGAGAGCUACACAGGACUGCUGAUGGACAAGGUUAAACCGAGCAACCUUAAUGAAGCUUGUUAAUGAAGGGCUGCUGAUUCGUUUACACCGAGACCUGCGAUUUGUCGUCCCCUGAGCCAAUGAAGCCCUUGAUUGGUCGUUUCUGUCUCGCUGCAGCAGUAGGUUGCUCUUACUGCUGCUAUUUCUCUACAUCAGACGACAUUACCCAUCAGCCUUGUUGCCUCCCCUUCCUUCAAGAGGAUGAACAUGUCUCUCCGUCGUGCUUUCACUCCUUUCAGCAGAAACUGUGAAAGCUUUACCACUGUUUGCCCUGGAAGAACAGUACCCUCUAACUUUUUCUUUCUGCCGUUAAGCGAUCCAGUAGAUUUCCUUCCUAACGGGACCUGUGGGAUCAAAAAUGUAAAAUACUGGAAUUAUUUACUGGAAUAAUUAAUACUCGUGUCUCUGGAUGCUCUAAUGAUGAUCGACUGUAAAAAAAUAACCUGUUUGGAUAAGAAAACGCCUAACAUAAACACCUCCUCCUCCUUCCCUCCCAGCAUGCCGCUUGUUGACCUAAGUGGGCGGAGCUUCCAUGGUGCUCACAUGGUUACUAAAGUUUCCGUCUGUGCCUCUUCCGACUUUCUCUCCUUUCUUGCUUCAUCGCCGCCUUUUAUUUGCCUCCGCUAACAAAAGAUGAGGUUGGUGUUUAGUAGCAGUACAGGAACUCCAGGGGCGGAGCUUCAGCAUAUCAGGUGUGCAGUGACCUGAUCCUGUUCCUGCAUCAACAGUCCCGUACAUUUCAUCUUCAGACGUUUUCAGGUGACUGUCUGUUGGAGCUUUUCAACACCGGGAUGGACAUGAAACUCUCCCGGAUGAAUCACCAGUACAAACAAGCUGAAAAAAAAAAAUUUCUGCUUUCAUCAACAAAAACUCAAAGAUGUAAGACUGUUUCUAUAGCAACUUGAGGAGAAAAGUCAACUACAAGUCCCAAAGAGCAUUGCAAAACAACAAAAAACAACAUCCAAUUGGCUCAAAGUCAAAUAUUUACUUUAUUUGUGAAAUCCCCUCGCAAGUCUUCAUUAAAAAGUCGAGCUGAAAUUUGUUCGGCAUUCGUUAAAUCAAUGUUGUACCUUUUUUGAGUUUGUAUUCCGAGUGGAAAGUCGAGGACAGGUAGCCUAGCUUGCCAUUGGCAGCUCUCACACACUCAGCGCUGUGUUUGUCCUGCUUCAUAGGAAGUUUUAUUUUGAUCUUGGACUAAGAUAUGUGGAUUAUACACCAGGCUUUGGCUGUAAAACAAUACGUAGUGUUAUCUUUGUGAAUGUAUUUUACAGGAUAAUCCACUUUUUUUGCUGCAAACACUUCGAUUACACUCACUGCACUAAAGGCAUUUGCUGCACUCUACAGGAGGAUUUUGGCAAUUACUGAUUUGACCAAAUAAAUACACAAGUGUAAACACUAACCAAGGAGAGAUAAGUUAAUAAAGUUCGACUUUAUAAUUUAAUUUGGACUUUAGGCCUGUUUCUUGUUGAAAUGGUCUUUGGGACAGCAGUUAUGACAUGCGUAUCCAUGGUGCUUAAACCUUUCAAGGACCCAGAGGCUCCGACCACUUUGCUGCUCUAAGUAAACCCUCUGCCUUCAUGAUGGAAAUCCAACCCGUGCUGCUCGCUCUGGUCCAGACUGACAACAGAGACUGAGGUGACCUCUGACUCUGCUGGCGGUCGAGCGUAGAGAGAGAGAGAGAGAGAGCGGGUGCACUGGGACUGGUUUGCCGAUAUGGUGACAUCAGAAUAAGAGAUUCCUUUUCUAUUUAUUUGACUUUUUUUUUUUCAAGCCAACUUUGCUGUUAUUGGUUGCUGUUUUUGACCAUUAACUGCUGCUGUAAGUGUAACCGCUAAAUGCUACGUCUUGCUCUCUGUCCAUUCAGUCCAAUAACAUACAAUGACAUCAGUAUGACCUCAUCCCCUAAAUAAAGAAGCUUUUUAAAGUU